UUAAAUGCAAUUUCUCUAUCGUUCGACUACUACGACGCGUUAUAAAAGAAGUCGUUUGAUCUUGAAAACGAUCAAAGUUCUUGCGGUUUCAGAGGCAACAUGACGCGAUUCAUUAUUUUCAUGUGCCUUUUGGCGGUACAGUUCAACCGUGGUCUUUCGGUGAAAACGGUGAUAUUUAUAAACGGAAAAUCUCCGAAAUUAACAGUCACGGAAGAAGGUGCUAGCAAAUGUGUCGUUGAAACGAAUAACGGUCAAAAAUAUACUUACAAACCUAACUGUAGUCUUAUCGAUGAAAAUACCAGGCUGUAUGGUGAUUCCAAUUAUUCCUGUUCGCUUUCAAUAACCAAGCCCAUCUUGAACGAUACUGGAUACUGGAAAAUUAUACAAUAUAACAAAGAUAAAAAAUUUCAAAUUUAUGACUACUACAUAUAUUCUGGAAUGGAGGGCACAAUCAGUCCUAACAAAACUAUAAAAGUCUACGAAGGGUAUUACGUGAGUGCAAAGAUUGCAAAUGAGCUUGGAGAUAUAAUCGCUUGCAAUGUGACAAACUCAAAGAAGGAGACAUUCGACGUUUUGUCCGAGAGCAAAAAGAACGUUGAAAAAUAUGGUCGUUGCGGUGUUCGAAUUUUGGUAAAUUCGGAACAUCACGGUGAAUGGCAUCUCCGUGCGAUUUACAAAAGUAACGAGCUCGUAUCUGCUAUAUUCAAUCUUGAUGUACAAAAUGAGGAUGAAGUCAUAAAAGAACAGCAAAAUAUAACGUUGGCGUUGCGGUCACCAGCCAAGAUAACUCUCGACGGCAUUAAACCGACGUAUUGCCAGCUGACAGAUUCUCACGGCGUGAAAUUGCCCUUGACGAUCGGAAAAUGUGAAUAUGACAUUGCAAUCGUCACACCGUACCACGACGGACUUUGGAAGGCUCGUUACGGACUAAAUGGAAGACUCAUUCCGGUCGAAGUCGACAUCAUGAUUACAACUUACGACUCAGAGGCUGUGAUCACUAACGUCAACGUCACUAAACACGAAGUUAAUAUACUCUGUCGUGUACGCAAAACUCCACAGGAUCCUCUUCAAUAUUGUCUCUUUAUCAACCCAAACGGUACAAUGUUGCAGAUUAGCCCAGGUGUCGGAAGUGGCAAAUACGAGUUUUAUCAAGGAACAAAUGAGGAAAUAACUUGCGGUAUGACGAUUCAUGAGCCCGAAAAAUAUGAUUAUGGUAUAUGGAGAUGCGAGAUGGCAGUGAAAGGUCUAUCAGAAGUAGGUACGUACGGUUCUAUCUUGUAUGUCGACUAUAAUCAAUCACAAGAUACACCGUCAAAGAAUUCCAAAUUUGCAUUACCAAAGAGCAUCACUACGUUCGCCGAAAAUGUAAUGGUCAAACGAAACGACAGUUUCAAGAUCAAGUGUAGCACCAAUACGGUCUUGAAUUAUUGUUGGCUCCGAAGUCCGAUUGGAACGACAUAUUCCGUCACCACGGUCAAUAAUGUCUUACCGCCUAAAACAUUUUUGUACGAAGGCCUUGGUUUCUCGCGAGGUGAAUGCGGUGCGUUCAUAAACAAUGCCGUGAACGAGUAUCAGGGCAAAUGGAGUUGUUACAUGGGUAUCAAAAAUCAUAGCGAGGUAGAAGCCACCGUAUGGGUCACAGUCACAGAUAACUACGUGCUCGCGGAAGAAAAAGAACUGACGUUUAACGGAGAAAACAAUUUGAAUUUGUCUUGUCACCUUCUUCCCAAUCUAAAUAAUAAUAUCGAUUACUGUCGAUGGAUACGACCGGGCGGACAUGGUAUUCGUUACGACACGAAUCAUCGAUACAUGUUCGAGAUAUACGAGAGACGUUGCGAAUUAAUUAUUCUCGGAAAGAAUUUUCAACCAGAGGACGUGGGUCGUUGGACUUGCGUGGUCGGUCUUACUGGAGAAAGCAUCCAAGAGGUAUCUACCGGCAUAGACAUAAAUACGUCGUUUAGACAGUCAGUCGUUGUAACCGAUAUCGUAAUCGGUGCUUCCAUCUUGUUGGCCAUCGCUAUGAGCUUUAUCAUUUUUACAAACUUCCGUAAGAAGCGAUCAGCCACGACUAUAUCGAAGUUACCACCCCCGUACAACGUGGUAUACAUCAAUGGUAUCCCGUCGAAAUCGAUGGCGUAGAUGUGAUACAAUUACAAGGACUAAAUCGAUCGAUGAACAAAUAGUCUCGGUAAACGUCGAGAUUUGUCACAUAUACGCGUCGAACGAUCGAAUUCGAAAUCGUUCCGGAAGAAUCACUCAUCGUGAAUGGUUUUUUGUUAGGACGCAGGAAAAAAGCUACGCGAUUUCUAUGGGAAUGUCGAUGGUAAACGUUUCUAACUUUGCCGAUAGACAGUUCAUUUAUUCUGUAAAGUUUUAAAAUCUAUUGUACGAGAGUUUAUUAAAGGGUUGACAUUCCUUCUAAAA